AUGGUGGUUGUCGAAUCUUACCUUUUUGCGAAGACUGAGAGGCUUUUGCUGCGUCCUUUGAAGCUAGAAGAUGCUGAAGAUGUCGUUCUGAUGCGCGAAGAUCCGGAGGUGAUGAAGCACACAUCCAUCCUACCGAGUGACGAUCUUGAGAAGACCAAACAAUGGAUUCAAGGCUGUCACGACACAGAGAACUGCUGGAAUUUCGCCGUCGAGCUCCUGUCAUCCAGCAAAGCCGAUUCUGUGCAUGAGACGACCUUGACAGACGACUCCGAAGCCCUUCGCCCACUUACCGACCCGUCACGCGAGUGCAUGGCACCACGCGUCAUAGGCCUGAUAGGUGCUGUGCGGGCUCCAGAAGUUGGAUACAUGUUCAAUGCCGACUACUGGGGCAAGGGCUAUGCGACCGAGGCGAUGAGAGCUUUCAUGCCGCUCUUCUUCGAUCAUUUCUCCGGUAGAGAGUACGUGAGAUACGAACAUGCCGAGGCACACACCGAUCCAGAGCUUGAAAGCAGCCAGAAUGUGCUCAGAAAAGUUGGCUUCGAACUAUACGAGCGGAAGGAGAAGGACUUUGAAAACCCUGUACUUGGCUGGAGAGAUACUCUAGUAUUCAGGAUUGCCCGUCCUGAAUAG